AUGUGUCUUGCUAGAAAGAGAGGGGGGUUAAAGCCCACAAGAUGGGCUACUGUGGAAGAACAAGUGGCAAAAACUCUUUACAUAUUAGGCCAUAGAGCAAAAAAUCGAGUUGUAAAUUUUUUCUUUCGAAGAUCUGGUGAGAUAAUUAGUCGCCAUCUCCAUAAUGUGUUAGGAGCUAUUGUUGAAAUAGGCGAUAAAUUUAUUGUGCAACCUAAUGGAGCAAUAGUCCCUCCUGAAAUCCAUGCAAAUGAGAGGUUUUAUCGUUUUUUUAAGGAUUGUAUUGGCGCCAUAGAUCGAACACACAUACGUGUGAAGGUAUCUGUUAAAGAUGCUCCUCGAUAUCGUGGUAGGAAAGAAUUCCCAACACAGAAUGUGUUAGCAGCUUGCUCAUUUGAUUUAAAAUCCACCUAUGUGCUCACUGGAUGGGAAGACACAACAUCUAACUCUAGAAUUAUGAAAAAUGCAUUAACACGAGAGGAUAAGCUAAAAAUUCCUGAAGGUAAAUACUCCCUUGUGGAUGCUGGUUUCAUGCUAACUAGUGGACUCAUUACACCCUACAGAGGAGUCCGUUAUCAUUUGAAAGAGUUUUUAGAAAGAAAUCCACCCCAAAAUUAUAAAGAAUUGUUCAAUUUGCGACAUUCAUCAUUACGCAAUGCAAUUGAAAGGGCUUUUGGUGUUUUUAAAAAAAGAUUUGACAUUUUAGCCAAUUCAGCUGAGCCUACUUAUGGAGUGAAAGCUCAAACUCUUAUUAUUGGAGCAUGUUGCAUUCUUCAUAACUAUUUAAUGAGUAUAGAUCCUAAUGAGGAUCUCAUAGAAGAAGUAGAUCGUGAACUUGCAACUCAAUCUAAGUCUAAUGAUAAUAAUCGUGAUCGACAUGGUGACAAUGAGGAGGCUGCUCGAGGACAGUUGAUUAGAGAUACUAUAUCAAAUGAGAUGUGGAUAGAUUAUCAAAAUAGGCUAAUGAGACGUGGUGGCAAUGUACCCUAA